UUAUAUAAAAUUAUUGAAAAUGUGAGAAUUACCAGCAUUCAUGGGCGGUCAAGACAGCCAUUUGUACCUCACAGGCAAAGGUCGGGAGUACAAAUAAGGUGCUCGAUUUCCUAGGGAUCUUUCAGGUAUUCCUCAGCAUUAUUGAGCUCUUUCUGCUCUCACCGAUGAGAGGAGUGCUGGAGAUGGCAAUGAUUCUUUUACUCAACUAUGCACUGAAGAAUAAUAGUUACAGGAUCCUCGUAAUGUAUAUGCUCUUGAUUUUCAAAAGCACAGUGGAUUUGUUAUCAGAAUUAGGCCUUUUAAUCCAGAAGAAGAUUCAAGGAAUAAGUAUACAGCAAGACACUAUCCUCUAUGAUGACCCAACUGGGUUCAUAGUAGUGCUUGUGCUCUUGAUACUUACUUUUUACGCAAUGGCGAAUACCUUCUCGUUCUUACUGUAUCGAGAGAUAAAACAACAAAAAUAUGAUAUGGCUCAAGCUAGAAAUGAAGACCAAGAAGACAGAAUUAUUGAAGAGGAAAAUAAAUCACAAGAAGAUGAUGAAAUUGUCCCAAAUAGACACUUUGCAAUUAACGAAUCUCUAAGUGAAAGGAUAUCUUUUGGACAAAGAGCUUCAUUAUCUGAGUAAUAUUUCACAAAUAAAUUUAUCUAUGGUCAGUUUAAUCA